AUGAGCCAUGAGCCCAAGUCCCCUUCACUAGGGAUGCUUUCCACCGCGACCAGGACCACGGCCACCGUCAGUCCCCUCACCCCCUCACCGCUCAAUGGCGCCCUGGUGCCCGGCGGCAGCCCCGCCACCAGCAGCACACUGUCCGCUCAGGCCGCGCCCUCCUCCAGCUUUGCCGCCGCGCUGCGCAAGCUCGCCAAGCAGGCAGAGGAGCCCAGAGGGUCCUCGCUGAGCACCGAGUCAUCACCCGUGUCCUCUCCAGCCACAAACCACAGCUCCCCUGCCACCACACCCAAACGUGUGCCCAUGGGCUCCAUUAUUGUCCCCCCUGGGGGCCACAGUGUUCCCAGCACGCCUCCCGUGGUGACCAUUGCCCCUACCAAGACUGUCAACGGUGUCUGGAGGAGUGAGAGCCGGCAGGAUGCUGGCUCCCGUGGCGGCGGCAGCCGGGAACGUCUCGUUGUGGAGCCCCCACUACCCCAGGAGAAGGCAGGCGGCCCGGCCAUCCCCUCCCACCUCCUCAGCAGCCCCUACCCCUUCGGGAUCUCCCCCAGCUCAGUCGUGCAAGAUUCCCGCUUCCCACCGCUGAACCUGCAGCGGCCUGUGCACCACGUGGUGCCCCCCAGCACGGUGACCGAGGACUACCUGAGGAGCUUUCGGCCCUACCACACCGCCGAGGACCUGCGCAUGUCCUCCCUGCCACCGCUCGGCCUGGACCCUGCCACUGCAGCAGCCUACUACCACCCCAGCUACCUGGCCCCGCACCCCUUCCCACACCCAGCCUUUAGGAUGGACGACUCCUACUGCCUCUCAGCAUUGAGGUCCCCCUUCUACCCUCUGCCCACGCCUGGCUCCCUGCCCCCGCUGCACCCCUCGGCAAUGCAUCUGCACCUGUCGGGGGUCCGCUACCCACCUGAGCUCACCCACUCGUCCCUGGCUGCACUUCACUCUGACCGGCUCUCCAGCCUCAGUGCAGAGAGGCUCCAGAUGGAUGAGGAGCUGCGGCGGGAGCGGGAACGGGAGGCUGACCGCGAGCGGGAGAAAGAACGUGAACGUGAGCGGGAGAAGGAGCGCGAGAAGGAGCUGGAGCGGGAGCGGGAGAAGGAGCGCGAGAAGGAGCUGGAGCGCCAGCGGGAGCAGCGGGCUCGUGAGAAGGAGCUGCUGGCUGCCAAGGCGCUGGAGCCCGCCUUCCUGCCCGUGGCUGAGCUGCAUGCACUGCGGGGCCUCGCUGCAGAUGAGCGGGCCAAGCCCUCGGAGCAGCUGACCCCAACACGCACAGAGAAGCUCAAGGAGGCAGGCCUGCAGGCGCCUAAGCCUAUGCCACACCCCCUGCACCCAGCACCCGCCCCACACCCCAGCGUGCCCAGCCUCAUCUCCAGCCACGGCGUCUUCCAGGCACUGCCCGGCAGCAGUGCGGCUGCUGCUCUGCUCAUCCAGCGCACCAACGAGGAGGAAAAGUGGCUGGCACGGCAGCGGCGGCUGCGGCAGGAGAAGGAGGACCGGCAGUCCCAGGUGUCGGAGUUCCGGCAACAGGUGCUGGAGCAGCAUUUGGACAUGGGCCGUCCCCCAGUGCCCACGGAGGUGGACCAUCGGCCUCCUGAGAGCAGCAGGCCGGGACCAAACCGCCAUGAGCCAGGCAGCCGAGAGCCCCCGCAGCACUUUGGCGGGCCCCCACCCCUCAUCUCGCCCAAGCCUCAGCACCAUACUGUGCCCACGGCCCUCUGGAACCCUGUGGCCCUGAUGGACAACACCCUGGAGCCCCGGCGCGUCCCUGACAGCCUCCCUCUGCAUAGCCACCCGAGCCCAUUCGAGCCAGGGCGCCAGGCCACCGUGCCACUGGUGAAGGUAGAAAGGGUCUACUGCCCAGAGAAGGCCGAGGAGGGGCCCCGGAAGCGUGAGGUCACUCCCCUGGACAAGUUCCAGCCGCUGCGGGAACCAGGGGGCCUUGAGCACCCAACCUUCCCCCAUGGGCCCUUCCUGGGUGAGCUGGAGAAGUCGGCCCAGACCCCCUUGGGCCAGCAGCGGGCCCCCCUCAGCCAGGCAGCCCCCUUUGGGGAGCUGGGCGGGCGGCCCCCAACGCAGCGAGGCCCCGACCCAGCCUACGUCUACGACGAGUUUUUGCAGCAGCGCCGCCGACUGGUCAGCAAGCUGGACCUGGAGGAGCGCCGGCGGCGGGAAGCCCAGGAGAAAGGGUACUACUACGACCUGGACGAUUCCUACGACGAGAGCGAUGAGGAAGAGGUCAGGGCCCACCUGCGCUGCGUGGCUGAGCAGCCCCCCCUGAAGCUGGAUACAUCCUCUGAGAAGCUAGAGUUUUUGCAACUUUUUGGCUUGACCACCCAACAGCAGAAGGAGGAGCUGCUGAUGCAGAAGCGGCGGAAGCGGCGGCGGAUGCUGCGAGAGAGAAGUCCGUCCCCACCUACAGUGCAGAGCAAGCGGCAGAGCCCCUCCCCGCGCCUGGCACUGUCCACCCGCUACAGCCCCGACGAGAUGAACAGCAGCCCCAACUUGGAGGAGAAGAAAAAGUUCCUCACCAUCUUCAACCUGACACACAUCAGUGCCGAGAAAAGGAAAGACACACAGAGGCUUAUUGGAUUGCUCCGUGCCAUGAAGCAGAAGACGCUGUCAGCCAUGGUGACAGGCACACUGACACACACUCCGAGGGACAGUCCUGUUGCCUCCCUGAGCGAACCAGCCACGCAGCAGACCUCCCUGAAUGUGGACAAGCCCGUCGGCAUCGCUGCAUCCCUGUCCGAUGUCCCAAAGGCUGUGGAGCCGGGGAGCCAGGAGCCAGCUCCAGCCUGUGUUGAGAAGGCCAGGCUGGGUGGGCCACCUGGGGGCGAACGAGGCCUGAGCCUACUGCACUGCGUCCGGGGCCCCACGCCCAAGGGUGUCCCUGUGCCGCUCUCACACAGCAUCAACGGCAGGAGCAAGCCCUGGGAGCCCUUCCUGGCAGAGGAGUUCGCACACCAGUUCCACGAAUCGGUGCUGCAGUCCACGCAGAAGGCCCUGCAGAAGCACAAAGGCCACACAGCUCUGCUGUCAGCAGAGCAGAACCACAAGGUGGAUACAUCCGUCCAUUACAACAUCCCUGAGCUGCAGUCCUCCAGCCGGCCUCCCCGGUCCCAGCACAAUGGCCAGCAGGAACCUCCGCCAGGGAGGAAGGGCCCCAUCACCCAGGAGAUGGACCAGGACUCAGAGGGUGAUGACGACGAGGAGGGAGGAGAGGAGGAGGAGGAGGAGGCCCCCAGACGGAAAUGGCAAGGGAUCGAGGCAGUUUUUGAAGCUUAUCAGGAACACAUAGAAGAACAAGAUCUGGAGCGGCACGUGCUACAGACACAGUGCCGGCGGCUGGAGGCCCAGCACUACAGCCUCAGCCUGACGGCGGAGCAGCUCUCCCACAGCAUGGUGGAGUUAAGGAGCCAAAAGCAGAAGAUUGUUUCAGAAAGAGAACGACUCCAGGCGGAACUGGACCACUUACGGAAGUGCCUUGCGUUGCCUGCGAUGCACUGGCCUAGGGGUUACUUUAAGGGACACCCGAGGUGA